GACCUAAUGGACCUCCAGUGUGGCCUUGUGCUGUGUGCGCUGCUGCUGCUGCGGGGAGCGGUCAGAGGCAGUAUCCUGUACAGAGUGCCCGAAGAGCAGCCGCCCAACACCCUGAUCGGCAGUUUGGCCGCAGACCAGGGCCUGCCAGACUCGGGGCAUCUGUACAAACUGGAGGUGGGCGCCCCCUACCUGCGUGUGGAUGGAAAGACAGGAGAUAUUUUCACCACUGAGAUCCCCAUAGACCGAGAGACGCUGAAGGACUGCCGCACUCUGCUCAAGGGGAAGCUGUGCUACUUGGAGUUUGAAGUGUCAGUGACUGACCUGAUUCAGAACCAGAGCCCCAGACUCAUCGAGGGACGCAUCGAGGUGCAGGACAUCAAUGACAACACCCCGCAAUUUCCCUCUUCUGUGCUCACCAUCUCUGUGCCUGAAAACACCAUGAUGGGAGCGCUCUUCUCCAUCCCUCUUGCCACCGACAGGGACUCGGAGAGAAACGGAGUGGCCGAUUAUGCCCUGACUGCAGGGCUGGACGCUGCCACUCUAUUUGGUUUACAAGUGGCUGAGGACAGAGGAGAGAAGCUGCCACAGCUCAUUGUUCUGGGCAACCUAGACCGGGAGCUAAAGGAUUCCUAUGAUCUCACCAUUAAAGCAGUGGAUGGAGGGAACCCGCAGCGCUACAGCAGUGCCCUGCUCAGAGUGGUCGUGACUGAUGCAAAUGACAACUCUCCCAAGUUUGAAAAGUCUACUUAUGAAGCUGAAGUCUCGGAGAACAGUCCAAUGGGCCACUCUGUGCUGCAGGUCAAAGCAAACGACUCUGACAUGGGCCCCAAUGGAGAAAUCGAGUACACCCUUCACCAGGCAGUGGACCCUGUUCCCAGGCUGCUGCGCAUCGAUCGCUCCAGUGGCGUAAUCUAUGUCAAAGGUCCACUGGACAGGGAGGAAAUCAGCAGCUUGUCAUUCUACGUGGUGGCCAAAGAUAAGGGCCCUCAACCUAAGAGUUCUAAAACAUUCGUCACCAUCGAAGUGACUGACCAGAACGACAAUGCUCCAGCCGUGGAGAUUCGGGGAAUUGGUUUGGUGACUCACAGUGAGGGGAUGGCCAAUAUUUCCGAGGACAUGCCAGUUGGUACGGCUGUGGCUUUGGUGCAAGUGUCCGACAAAGAUGAAGGGGAGAAUGCAGUGGUGACUUGUGUGGUCGCCGGAGAUGUGCCAUUUCAGUUGCGUCCGGCCAGUGAUUCGUCCAGUGACAAUAAGAGAAAAUACUUCCUCCAAACCACUACUCCUCUUGAUUAUGAAAGAGUUCGAGACUACAGAGUUGAAAUUGUGGCUGUCGACUCCGGAAACCCUGCUCUGUCAAGUACGAAUUCUCUCAAAGUCCAAGUGACGGAUGUGAACGAUAAUUCUCCAAUAUUUUCCCCGACGUUGUUCGAAGUGGAGUUUGCUGAAGAGAACCAGUCCGGUGAAAAGGUUUUGGAUGUUACCGCCUCAGACGCAGACAGUGGCACUAAUGCGGAGCUUGUCUAUAACAUUUUGGGAGACUCAUCCAUCAAAGGUCUGUUUGAAAUCGAUCCCAACACCGGAGAGGUGCGAGCCAGGAGCCCUCUAGAUCGUGAACACAAAGAGAGGUAUGAAUUUAGAGUGACUGCUGCUGAUAAGGGCUCCCCUGUGCACAAAGGGACAGCUACAGUUGUCAUAAAAGUCCUCGACCGUAAUGAUAAUGACCCCAAGUUCAUGCUUAGUGGCUAUAGCUUUUCAGUGUUGGAAAACAUGCCUCCUCUCAGCCCGGUUGGCAUGGUGACAGUCAUGGAUGUGGACAAAGGUGAAAAUGCUCAUAUCCACCUCUCUGUGGAGCCAGAUGGGGGGAAGUUUGUAGUGCAAAAUGGAACAGGCACCAUCCUCUCUAGCAUUUCAUUUGACAGAGAGAAAGAAAGUAGUUACACUUUUAGGCUUAAAGCAGUGGAUGGAGGAGAGCCCCCUAGGUCCUCAUAUGUCGGAGUCACUAUUAAUGUUCUUGAUGAAAAUGAUAAUGAUCCAGUUGUCACAAAGCCCUCUAAUUCCUCUUUCCGGCGCUUGUCUCCGCUGGCUUCCCCUGAUAGUCAUGUAGAGAUAGUGGAAGCUGAGGAUUUGGACAAUGGGCCUAAUGCGGACUUGGUUUUUAGCAUUGCUGGAGGUAAUCCUUAUCAGUUAUUCCGCAUCUCCCCCACCAGCGGAGAAAUCACUCUAGCAAAAGAGAUGACCCGAAAGCACGGCGGACUGCAUCGCUUAGUAGUCCGAGUGAGUGACCGGGGAAAGCCAGCACGCCAUGCCACUGCACUGGUGCACAUCUAUGUGAACGAGACCAUUUCAAAUGUCAGCUUAGUGGAGGCCUUGGUCGGGCACAGCCUUUACACUCCACUGGACAGAGACAUUGCAGGUGAUCCUGACAAUGGAUUUGCUGCACAGCGAAGCAAUAUUUUGUUUGGGAGUCUCGCUGGUGUGGCAGGUGUUGUCAUGCUGAUUUUGGUGGUUGUUUUUAUCCGCCACCGCAUUCAGAGAGAGACUAAGAGUGGCUACCAGGCAGGCAAGAAGGAGACAAAAGACUUGUAUGCACCCAAGCAGGUACCCAAGAACACCAAAGGCAAACGAGGCAGAAAGGGGAAGCCCCAGAAGUCUACUAAACCACUGGGUGAGGACGAAGAAGUCAGUCUUCAAAAGAGUUUAAAGUUCAAUCUAGAUGGAGUCAACGAUAGCCCGAGAAUACACCUGCCCCUGACAUAUUCACCGGGCAGCCCCGACAUAGGCCGGCAUUACCGCUCCAACUCCCCCCUGCCCUCCAUCCAACUGCAGGCCCAGUCGCCCUCAGCCUCUCAGAAGCACCAGGCCGUGCAGGACCUGCCCGCCGCCAACACCUUUGUCGGAACAGGAGGAGACGACAACUCCACUGGCUCAGACCAGUACUCCGAUUACAGCUACAAGACAGGCACGCAGAAGUACAACAAGCAGCAUCCCCAUCGACGAGUGACCUUCUCCACCACUAACCCGGUCCAGGACAUGCAGGAUGCCUCCCAGCACAGUUACUAUGACAGCGGCCUGGAGGAAUCGGAGACCCCCAGCAGCAAGUCAUCGUCAGGCCCCCGUAUCGGCCCCCUGACCCUGCCCGAGGAUCACUACGAGAGGACCACCCCAGAUGGCAGCAUUGGAGAGACCGAACAUCCCGAAAACGAUAUCCGCUCCAUCCCAGACGUGGCGAUGACCGGAAACUGUACGACGGAGUGUAGCGAGCUGGGUCACUCAGACGCCUGCUGGAUGCCUGGUCACCCCUCCCCCAUGCGCAAGACCAGGAACCCUCCCAAACUCUCCACCUUCGUGCCUUACCAGGAGAGAGGGAGCCUAGGUCGCCUGGCCAACGGCAGCGCCAGGCAGGGCUGCGAAGAGCCGCGGGCUCGCCUGCCCCCGUCCCGUAGUGCCUAUUCCAGCAGCAGCAGCGGUGUCCCGGAGCCCGGCUCUGACUGCCCGCUGGAGGAGAUGCCCCUCAGUGUCGCCACAGAGUACCCGCCCACUUCUCCUACCACUCACACGCCCAAACGAGAAAUCUACCUGUAG